AUGUCUUCCUGCCGAGAGGAGUUCUCCCUGGCCGCCCUGCGCCUCCAACACCACGACCGCUCGGUGUUCUCCCGAUCACCGUGGUGGCGCGGGCAGGUAGGCUUUGUGGUGUACAAGUCGCUUAUAGCAGUCCUGACGCUGGCUGUUCUGGUGUUCCUGCUGGUCUACCACUACCACGUGCAGGGCCGGUCCGACCCCUGGCCCGUCGCCCUGACCAACUGGAGCUUCACCAUCCUCACCGCGCACAUGCUGGUGGCGUUGGCCGUCUGCGUCGUGGACUUCCUGUCGAAACAAAAAGGCACAGGACCGACCACUGUGGACAACACGUCUGAAAACUCUAGCCCCGGGGACGCAGGCAUGGAAGAAGCCGUUCCGAUGACUGAAAUAGGACGUGAUAAUGAUGAUGACGCAGUCCAGAGCAGCAGCGGACCGGCCUGGUACCACAAAGUCCACUGGGUCCUGCACAACACCAGCAUCGCGGCGGCCUUCCUUGUGACGACGGUCUACUGGACGUUGGACAGAGCCACCGUGUCGGUCAGCAGCAUAUUUGAGCAUGUCGUAAACUCCGUCAUCGCCCUUCUGGACCUCUCCUUGAGUGGGACUCCAGUGAGGAUCCUAAACGUGAUCUACCCAGUAGCCUACGCAGCGACGUACGCAGUGUUCUAUGUCAUCUACUGGGCCGCAGGCGGGAAGGGGCGAGACGGGGCCACAGCUAUCUAUGCGGUUAUGGAUUUCGGGAACAGCCCAGGGAUGGCGUCAGGGGUCAUGGUGGCGUUCGUGUUCGUUGGUGCGCCCGUGUUCCAUCUCCUGUCGUACGGACUGUACCGGCUGAGGGAGGUGGUUGUGUCGAAACUCGAGCGGAGGACUCCCGUCAUUUUAUUGUCCUCCGAAACAACCAACUCGAGGAAUGUUCAUUCCCAACUAGUCUGAUUAAGUUACACUGCUGUCAGCACAUGAUCCUGCCUUUUUGCAUUCCAAAAUGUGUCCCAUUCCAAAAUAUUUCUUUAAAUAAUAAGAAGUGGAUAUCAUGUUGUGUUGUGUUCCAAA